UUGCACCAUUAAAAAUAUGGAAAAAUCUUCGGCAAAUCAAUUUAUCUGAUAAUGCAUUGACAUUUAUUCCCAAUGAGCCACUCAUAUAUCUUACAAAAUGUACACAUAUAGAUCUAUCGAACAAUCUGCUGAUUGAAAUUCCGUCCGGAUUAUCACAAUUGUACAAUUUACAAUGUUUGAAUCUUAGUAAUAACAUGAUUGAAACAAUAACAGGUAUUUACAAAAUACUUGGUAAUGUAACAAAAUUGGAUUUAAGAUCUAAUCGAAUAGAGAAUUUAUGUGGUUUGGAAAGGUUAUAUUCAUUGGAGUAUGUUAAUAUUAGAGAAAAUCAAUUGAUUGAUUGGGCUGAAGUUACUCGAAUGACUGAACUGCCUGAGAUAAGACAAAUUUGCGAUUAA